AGCAGACGAGGACACCGAGAGAUUCACUGCAGCGGAUAAAUCUCAGUCUGAGCAGCAGGACGUCCACGGGUCCAGCUGCUCGUGAAGGCUGGCAGUUCAUAUUACAUUUAGAGCACGCAGAAGGUCCUGGACGACAGAAGAGACCCUCAGAACCUCCACUGUUAAACAGAAGCUGCAGCGGCAGAACGGGCCACCAUGAGUCUGGACGACGAUGCCCGCUGGCUGGAGUGGGUGACCAAACAGUUUGAGACCAUCGCGGGAGACGACAAAGAGAUCGACCUUGAGGAGUUUAAAACAGCUCUCAAAGUCAAAGAGUCUUUCUUCGCUGAGCGUUUCUUCGCACUCUUUGACUCCGAUGGGAGCGGCUCCAUCAGCCUGGAUGAACUGCUCAAAGCUCUGGACCUCCUGAUCCACGGCAACGAGACCGACAAGCUCCGCUUCCUGUUCCAGGUCUACGACGUGGACGGCAGCGGCUCCAUCGAUCCGGACGAGCUGAAAACGGUUCUGAAGUCGUGUCUGCGUGAGAGUGCAAUCUCUCUGCCAGAGGAGAAGCUGGACGACCUGACGCUGGCGCUGUUUGAGUCGGCCGAUAAAGACAACAGCGGCUCCAUCACCUUCGAGGAGCUCAAAGCUGAGCUGGAGACCUUCCCCGAGGUGAUGGAGAACCUCACCAUCAGUGCUGCUAACUGGCUGAAGCCUCCUGAUCUGGAGCAGAAGAAGCGUCAGACCCCUCGGUACCUGACCCGGGCCUACUGGCAGAACAACAGUCGGAAGCUGCUGUUCCUGAGCAUGUACGGCCUCCUUAACCUGCUGCUGUUCAUUGUCGCCAUGCUGCGGCACAGCUACGGCGGGCCCUGGUUCAUGGUGGCGAAAGGCUGCGGCCAGUGCCUCAACUUCAACUGCACCUUCGUCAUGGUGCUGAUGCUGCGUCGCUGUUUAACGUGGCUCAGGGCCACGUGGGUGGUGAGGGUCUUACCUUUGGACCAGAACAUCCUGCUGCAUCAGAUUGUGGGCUACGCCAUCCUCGGAUUCACGCUGGUGCACACUGCUGCACACGUCUUCAACUUUGUACUUCAGAUCCAGAUGAUGGAGCACAGCGAGUACAGUCUGUGGGAGUACCUGCUGACCACCCGGCCGGGGAUCGGCUGGGUGAAGGGGACGGCCUCGCUGACCGGCGUCAUCCUGCAGGUGUUGAUCUGCCUCAUGGUGCUCUGCUCCAGCACGUUCGUACGCCGCAGCGGACACUUCGAAGUGUUUUACUGGUCUCACCUGUCCUACGUGUGGGUUUGGAUUCUGCUCAUCAUUCACUGCGCAAACUUCUGGAAGUGGUUUGUCGUCCCAGGUCUGGUGUUCCUGCUGGAGAAGAUUGUGGGGAUCGCCGUGUCUCGUAUGGGAGGUCUUUACAUCGUGGAGGUCAACCUGCUGCCUUCCAAGGUGACUCACCUGGUGAUCAAACGCCCCCAGUUCUUCCAGUUCAAACCCGGAGAUUACGUCUUCAUUAACAUCCCAGUGAUAGCCAAAUAUGAGUGGCAUCCAUUCACCAUCAGCAGCGCUCCUGAGCAGUCAGAUUCUUUGUGGCUGCACAUCCGCUCGCUGGGCCAGUGGACCAACCGCCUGUACGAGUACUUCAGACAGUCGGAGAGCGAGGCGCUCAGUCCACAGAGACUCGCCUCCAGCCUGAGGAGCCGCAGGCAGCAGCUGAAAGAUCAGAUUUCUGCCAAGUUGAGUGAGAACCACAGAUUCUGCAACAUCAAGUGUUACAUAGACGGACCAUAUGGGACUCCCACACGACAGAUCUUUGCCUCGGAACACGCUGUCCUGAUUGGGGCGGGAAUCGGCAUCACACCCUUUGCCUCUAUCCUGCAAAGCAUCAUGUACCGGUACCGCAUGAGGAAGCAGAACUGUCCCAACUGUAAAUACUCGUGGUGCGAGAACAUCAAAGACAGCGAGAUGAAGCUGCGCAAAGUCGACUUCAUCUGGAUCAACAGAGACCAGAAGUCCUUUGAGUGGUUUGUCAGUUUGCUCACAAAACUGGAGAUGGACCAGGCCGACGAGGAGCCGGAGGGACGCUUCCUGGAGAUGCACAUGUACAUGACGUCAGCGCUUAGCAAGAAUGACAUGAAGGCCAUCGGCCUGCAGAUGGCGCUCGACCUUCUGGCCAAGAAGGAGAAGAGAGACUCGAUCACUGGACUGAGGACGAGAACCCAACCUGGACGACCCGAGUGGGGGAAGGUGUUUCAGAAGGUGUCUGAGGAGAACAAAGGGAAGGUCCACGUGUUUUACUGUGGUGCUCCUGCUCUGGCGAAAGUCAUCAAGGCUCAGUGUGAACACUUCGGCUUCAACUUCUACAAGGAGAACUUCUGAGGACGUCGUGGGCUGUCAGCACACACCUCCAUCUGUGUGUGUGUGUGUGUGUGUGUUUCUGUCACUGAUGUUGUGGAGACAUGAAUCAGUUUAUACAGUCACAUUUU